UAGAUUCGGGACCCCCCCCCACCGGUCCAUCUACCAUACCUGUGAUCGUAGAGACAGAAGCUCCACCCACUGAUCUGCCCACCAGACCAAUAAUCACAGAGUCAGAAGCUCCACCCACCGGUCCAUCUACCACACCUAUGUUCACAGAGUCAGAAGCCCUGCCCAGUUUUCAAUCUUCCCUUACAAAAAACAUCAAAACAGCCACUUAUCGACCAACCACGUCAGUGAACAUAGAGACAGACGCUCCACCCACUGCCCCACAAACCGCACCAGAAAUUGAAGAGACAAGGUCUCGACCCCACCUGCCCUCCUCAUCUAUGUAUUAUAAGACAGAAGCUCCGCCCACUCAUCUGGAUACCACACCUGUGAUCGUAGAGACGGAAGCUGGGCCUAGUGUUUCGCCCAACACGUCUAUGACACUAAAGACCGAAGCUCCGCCCACUGACACAUUCUCCAUCACAGGGACUGAAGAUUCAUCCUCUGCUACGGCCGUCACAUCCAUCAAAGAGAUGGAAGCUACGCCUGUGGAUCCACUCACCACAUCUAUGUUCGUGGAAAAUGAGACCCCGCCCAUUUUUCUGCACUCCACAGCAACACUCACGAAGACAGAACUUUGGACCACUCCUCCACCCAACACAUCCACGAUACUGAAGACAGAUGCUCUACCCACUGGCUCACCCUCCACACCUGUAAAUGUGGAGGUAGAUUCUCCACCCACUGCCUCGCCCAACACAUCUGAGAGCAUGGAGACUAGAGCCCCGCCUACCACCUCACCCACCACACCUGUAAUCACUGAGACAGGAGCCCCGCCCAGUGCUUCAACCACCACAUCUGUAAUCCUUGAUGAUGAAGACCCGUCCAUUGUCUCACCCACCACAUCUGUCAUCAUAGAGAGUGAAGCCCCACCCUUUGCCUCACCCACCACACCUGUAAUCCUCGAUGCUAAAACCACGCCCAUUGCCUCACCCACAACUCCUGUGAUCAUAGAGAAUGAAGCCCCGCCCAUUGCCUCACCCACCACCCCUGCGAUCCUUGAUGGUCCUGAGGUCCCACGGACUCCUUCAUCCAGCCCAUCUCCAAUCGUAGCAACAGUAGCUCCUCUCACUUCCACCGAUUCUGCUCGUAACUCACGGGUUCACACCUCCACCAGAGACCCCAGUAGACCAUCUAUGACAAGAACCUCCAAAGCCACCAUCGCUCCUGCUGCUGCUGCACCAGAGACCUGGACUACAACAGAACUCCCAGAACCCCCCUGUGUGCUGAACAUAACUGGAGUCAUGUCUGGGUCUGACGCAGUGACGCUGACGGUCACUACUGGCACUGAGUCAUGUGACCUGGCUUUAAAAGUCGAACAUGAAUCGAAGACUAACGUUAGCAAGUGUGACCCAGAUGGAGCAGGUCAGAACCAGAAUCAGUAUCUGUGCCAGGCUGAUGGUCUGAAACCUGGGACUUGGUACGAAUUCACGGUACUUUCUACAAGAGAUGGAGGUGGGCAGAGGGUGUCAGUGCAGACGGAACCAGUCAGUCCAACUCACCUGGAGGUCCUGCUGGAUCAGCCCGAUGAUCAGUACCAUUCCCCCGGUUUAACGGUUUUCUGGUCUCGGUCAGGGGGUCAUGUAGACUGGUACAACGUGACUCUAGAGGACAUCAUCUCAGGGUGGACCCAGACUGUCCGAAUACAGGAUACAGAGGUUUCAAGUUGUCGGUUCAGUUCCCUGGUUCCUGGUUCUCUGUAUACCGUCAGUGUGGUUGCCACUGCUGGCAGCAGGAGUGCCCCGGCGGUCUCUGCCACCACAGCCACAGCGCCCUCCUCUGUACAUGGCCUCCAGGUGGCGUCCUCAUCUCCACACAGCCUUACAGUGUCAUGGCUGGUGGGUGUGGGUCGAACCGAAUCCAUCAAAGUUCUGCUUAGAGAUCCUGACGGUGUUCUGUUGAGGAACAUCAGCCUAACUGAUACAACCACAUGGGUUGAGUUGAAGGCCCUGCGACCAGGGACCAGAUACUCAGUCACUGUCGUCACUGAGUCUGUGGGUCUGAGAAGGUCCGCCUCCGCACAAGCCUUCACAGAACCUGCAGCGGUCACACACGUGAAACUGGACAACAAUGGCACCUCGGACCAUCUGUUGGCGUCUUGGGAUCCACCUGAAGGGGAGGCAGAUUAUCUCCUAGCGAGUCUUGCAUCUUCAGGUUUGACCCUGUCGCAGCACCAACUGCUAUCAAACAGCACCUGGGUCGUGUUUGAGGGUCUUACCCCCGGGCGUUCCUACGAACUGUCAGUGAGGACUAGGGCUGGAGGUCAGAGUGCAGAGGUCAAGACCCAAGGAAGGACAGUUCCUGCUACGGUGACUUUUCUGUCAUUGUCCCCUGGUGGUGAUGACAAGACACUGAAACUCAGUUGGACUCCACCCCCUGGUGACUGGGAGAAGUACAGCAUCCUACUGAAGAAUGGAUCGGUAGUUCUGGUAAACGAGACGGCAGGAAAACUGAUCCGUCAGGUCACAUUCUCAGCACUUACCCUGGGUCUGGUGCCUGGGAGGCUUUACAGGGCAGAGGUCACGGUCCACAGUGGUAUUCUGGGUAACACAGCAGUCUGUGACGGUGGACUGGCGCCGCGGCCCGUGCAGCAGCUGCUGGUGCUUCGCUCUGAUGACACAACCCUGAGCAUUGUGUGGCGUCCACCAGUAGGUCUGUGGGAUGGUUUCACCGUGGUGCUCAGGGGGGCAGAGUCUGCCACCACAGUGGCUCAGAGGAUCCUGCCUUGGGAGUCCAGAGAGUGCAACUUUAACCUCUUGACCCCAGGACGCAGUUACAAUAUCACUGUGGUGACCAAGAGUGGGAACCUCAGCAACUGGGUCUCCGUGACAGCACGGACAGCUCCUGGUCAGGUCUCCAGGCUGCUUGUGUCCAACCUGGGUACGGUGGACACUCUUCAGGGGAAGUGGGAACGGGUUGCAGGAGAUGUGGACUCGUAUCAGGUGCUUCUGGUUCACGACAGCACCAUCAUCAAGAAUGUGAGCUUAAAAGCCAACGAUACCACCAUCAACUUCCAGUCCCUGAGACCAGGAGCCUUGUACAAGAUGGUCCUGACUAGCAUUAGCGCAGGACACGCCUCCAGACAAACGGUGGCCGAGGGACGCACAGUCCCUGCCGCUGUCAGCGAGGUCACGGUCAGUAAUAAUGGGCGUGUGGAUUUCCUCAGCGUGUCCUGGCGUCCAUCUCCAGGGGAGGUGGAUGGUUAUGUGGUAACACUGCGAAACCACGAGGCCGUAGUUCACACCCUGGUGGUUUCCAAGUCCAGUUCUGAGUGUGUGUUUAACUCGUUGGUGUCCGGACGCCUCUACAACAUCUCCAUCGCUGCUCGCAGUGGCGUCUACCAAAACCAUACCUUUAUCUUGGGGCGUACACAGCCAUCCAAGGUCCAGAACCCCACAGCAACCCACGCCGCCCGAGAUGACUACCUAAAGGUUCACUGGCAUCACGCGUCCGGGGACGUGGACCAGUACAGAGUUUUCAUCAAACACAACAACAUUUUCUUGCAGAACCUAACAGUGGAAAAAGCACAGAGUGAUUGCGUGUUCCACGGCCUGGUUCCUGGGCGACUGUAUACCAUUCUUGUGAACACGUACAGCGGCAAAUACGAGGCCAGUGCUUCGACGCACGGCAGGACAUUCCCAGCAGCUGUCAGACUUCUGGCACUGACUGAACGUGGCACAGAAGACCUGAAGGUCACAUGGUCUCCAGCUCCAGGUGACGUGGACCACUAUGAAGUUCAGCUUCUCUUCAACGAUAUGAAGGUGUUUCCACCGGUCACAAUAGGCAGUAGUGUGGACACGUACAUCCUGUCCUCACUGACCCCAGGACGUCUUUACAAAAUAGUGGUCUCCACCUUCAGUGGCCCCAACCAGAGGGCUCAGUUCAUUGAGGGGCGCACAGUUCCCAGCAGGGUUAAAAACAUCCACCUGAGCCGAGGUGAAGACAGUCUUAGGGUGACCUGGACGCCCGGAGAGGGUGACGUGGAUGAAUUUUGGGUCUCUCUGUAUCGAGGCAGCCGACAGCUGGACAUUCGACAAGUUCCUAAAGACCAGAACCAGGUGAUGUUUGGGUCCCUGCAGCCUGGACAAAUGUACCAGGUGACAGUGACUUCAGUGAGCGGUGAACUGAUGAACAACAACACAGUCUCUGGAAGGACGGUCCCUGCCCCAGUGACUGCUCUCUUGGUGGAAAACCUUGGCACCACCUGCUGCCUUAAGGUGAGCUGGCAGGAAGCAGUGGGUGUGGCCAAUGGUUACAUCCUGCAGAUACUGGAGGACAGAGGUGGUCAUGUGACAAAUGCCUCCCUGUCCACUGGACACCGCAGCUACCAGUUUCAGAACCUUACAGCAGGAAGACGAUACAGAGUCCUGGUCCAGACCACGAGCUGGGGUGUGGUCAACACAGGAGUCGGUGCAGAUGCUCGCACAAGUCCAGCUGCAGUCUCAGACUUGUCCAUUAGGAGCAACAGCAGCAGCAGCCUGUCCUUCCUCUGGUCCCCUGCAGAGGGAGACUUGGACUCUUAUGAAGUGGUCCUGUAUCGUAGUGAUGAAUCACUGCAGGAGCGACGCCAUCUUCAGGCCAACGCUCUACAAUGCACCUUUCAACGACUCACACCUGGAGCCACAUAUAAAAUUGUGGUUUUGACCCACAGUGGACAGCAGAACAAUCAGACCAGCAUGUGGGCCAGAACCGUCCCAGCGGCUGUACAGUCUCUCAGGGUUCUGGCAGCAAACCAGUCAAGUGUUCUGAGAGUGAAGUGGGAUGACAGCGUGGGUGUGGUCAGUGGGUACGUGUUGUCUCUGUACAACCAUGGCGGUGAGCGUCACGCGCAAAAGCAAUUGGGGUCAGAGGUCAACGAGUUCACCUUCUCUGGUCUGGUUCCUGGGCGACUGUACCGAGCUGAGGUUCUGAGUCUGAGUGGAAAACUGCAAAAUAAAGCAGAGGCUGUUGGCAGAACCGCUCCAAAACCGCCCACCUCUGUCCUGUUUGGGGGAGUUACCAACACCUCAGCAGAGAUGACCUGGAAUGUCCCUGCUCAUUCAGAUUUCGAUGAUUUUGACCUGCACUGGACGCCUGCAGAUCAACUGACCGUCAUCAACCCUUACCACAGCCGCACGUCCAGCAACCGCCUUCUGAAGGGGCUGUUCCCCGGGAGACUGUACACCUUCAGCCUGCGCACCGUUAGCGGUGCCAGUGAGCCUGGGACGGAGUCCACUUACAGCACUGCUGUUCUCAACAGCAUCCGUACCAAACCAGAUCCCGUCCACGGUUUCCGCUGUCGUCCUCACAGCUCCACCUCCAUCGCCUGCUCCUGGAUGCCUCCGCUGGCUGAUUUUGACUCCUACAUUGUGGAGUGUCUCCGUCAGGAGACCAGGACUAUGGUCUACUCGCAACGUACUGGACAGAACACCAGCUCUUACAUCAUCACUCAUCUUGAGCCACACAAGCGGUACAGCGUUUCAGUGAAGGUGAUGUCGGAGCAGACAACCAGCGAGGAGGCCAGGGAUGACACCGUCACCAUGAUUGAUCGUCCUCCAUCUCCACCCCUCACCACCAGGGUGAGUCAGACUGUUGCCAAGGUAUCGACAUCCUCCAUCACCUUCAGCUUCAACUGCAGCUGGUUCAGCGACGUAAACGGAGUCAUCAAGUGGUUUGCGGUCAUCGUACUGGAGUCACAGGGUGUUAACGACAACCACCCAGCUCAGCAGCACCCCCUACCGUCGUACAUGGAGUACAGCGCCAACAGCUCAGUCACUCACUACCAGACCAGGUUCUUUCCCAGUCAAUGCACUCAGGAAGAUGACACCACCCAAACCCUCGACAUCACUGUGGGGGCACAAACGCAGUCACUAGGGGGUGCUUGUGAUCCCGAGAUCAGCAGAAACCAGUUUUGUGACGGUCCUCUGAAACCAAAGACGGCCUACAGACUGAGCAUUCGUGCUUUCACACAGCUGUUUAGUGACGACGACAGCGCUCCCCCCGUUUCUGCUCUUUACACCGACACGUUUCUGUCACUUCCUGUUUACACUGAUGCUGAUCCUGUGGGUGGAGUCAUGGAGGGCGGAGUCACUGCCGCUCUUUUUCUUGUCAUUGUUUUGGGCGGAGUCGUUGCAGCACUUGUGUGUAGAUACAAGAGACACAAAGUGGUGGAGGAGGGGCCAGACCUCGGCUUGAGCACGAGGACAGACAGAGUGAUGUCAUCAGUUCAUCUUGGGAUCAGAGGGCACCGCUCCAUCUCCAGUCCCAUCAGGAUCACAACCUUUGAAUCCCACUUCGUCAAACUUCAGGCUGACUCAAACUUUUUGCUGUCAGAGGAGUAUGAGCGCCUGAAGGACGUGGGACGUAACCAAUCCAUGGACACGGCUCUGCUGCCAGAGAAUCGUGGGAAAAACCGAUACAACAACAUUCUGCCCUAUGACUCCACGAGGGUGAAGCUUUCCUAUGUAGACGACGACCCCUGCUCUGACUACAUCAAUGCUAGCUACAUCCCUGGCAACAACUUCCGUCGGGAGUACAUUGCCACUCAGGGACCUUUGCCUGGCACCAAGGACGAUUUCUGGAAAAUGGUCUGGGAGCAGAAUGUUCACAACAUCGUGAUGGUCACACAGUGUGUAGAAAAAGGACGGGUAAAGUGUGAUCACUAUUGGCCGUUUGACCAGGAUCCACUUUACUACGGAGAUCUGAUUGUCAGGAUGACAUCUGAGUCAGUUCUCCCUGAGUGGACGAUACGAGAAUUCAACAUCUGUGAUGAGGACCAGCUGAACCUCAGUCGCCUUGUGCGUCUCUUCCACUACACUGUUUGGCCGGAUCACGGUGUUCCAGAAACGACUCACUCCCUGAUCCAGUUUGUGCGAACAGUCAGAGAUUAUGUGAACAGAAGUCCAGGAUCUGGACCCACAGUGGUCCACUGCAGCGCUGGUGUGGGUCGAACUGGGACCUUCAUUGUUCUGGAUCGGGUUUUGCAGCAGUUGGACUCCAGAGACACAGUGGACAUUUAUGGUUCCGUGUUUGACCUAAGACUCCACCGAUCACACAUGGUUCAAACGGAGCGUCAAUACGUCUUCUUGCAUCAGUGUGUUCGAGACGUUCUCCGGGCCAGAAAACUUGGCAGUGAACAUGAGAACAUCAUCUACGAGAACCUGAGGGUCAGCAGCCACAGAGAGUCGCUGAACUCCCGGCACUGAGACUUUAUUAUCUACGGACGCUCCUAAUCAAUAACUAAUAAUCAAUGAUCAUUAUUUAUAACCUUUUGUCUUCACUGUACAUGUGUAAAUACAGAGUUUUAAAGGAAAUAAAUUAGUACAAUAUCUAUG